CCGCUCCGCGCGUCACCGGAAGUGCCCGUGCCGCUUCCGGCCCCCUGUAGGCCCCGCCAGGCCUCGGUAGGCCUCCUCAGAUCCAGUCAGGCCCCGCCGGCGCCCACCAUGCCUUUCUCCACGCAGUCGCGUAGCAGUGGCGAGCAGUAUGUCCUGACGGCCAGCCUGGAUAAUGCCCGCAAUUUGUCCAGCCUCCUCAGGGCCGUCCACUUCCAGGAUCAUGCCACUUGCUUCGCCACAGCCAAUGGCCUUCAAGUGACGGUGGAGGAUGCAAAAUGUAUUCAGGCCAACGCUUUUAUCCAGGCAGAAAUUUUUCAGGAAUUUCAUGUUCAGGAAGAAUCAGUGAUGUUCCGAAUCAACUUGGCUGUUCUUCUUGACUGCUUGACCAUUUUUGGUGCCAGUUCUUUGCCAGGAUCAUCAACAGCUCUUCGGAUGUGUUAUCGUGGUUAUGGCUAUCCCUUGAUGCUGUUCUUAGAAGAAGGAGGAGUAGUGACAGUGUGCAGAAUUAACACUCAAGAACCUGAGAACUUGUUAGACUUUAAUUUCUGCAGUACCAAUGUCAUCAAUAAAAUUAUCCUGCAGUCAGAAGGGCUACGAGAAGCAUUUUCUGAGCUUGAUAUGACCAGUGAAGUUCUGCAGAUUACCAUGUCUCCAGAUAAGCCAUAUUUCAGGUUAUCCACUUUUGGAAAUGCAGGAAGUGCACAUCUGGACUAUCCCAAGGAUUCAGAUUUGAUCGAAGCAUUCCACUGUAACCAAACCCAGACAAACAGGUACAAGAUUUCUUUGCUUAAACCAUCUACAAAGGCACUGGCUUUAUCUUGUAAAGUCUCAAUUCGAACAGAUAACCGAGGAUUUCUUUCACUGCAGUAUAUGAUCAGGAAUGAAGAUGGACAGAUCUGUUUUGUAGAAUACUAUUGUUGCCCCAAUGAGGAAAUUACUGAAGCAGAAUUGUAGCUGCAUAUUCUGGUGUCUGUAUUAUAUUUAUGAAUAUAUGAAGUGUUGUAUGUUUAUAAAACUGAAUGAUAUCUGUAAAGAGAGAGA